CAUGAUGACAGGCCGACGGUGAAACAAAACUAUUCGAUGAAUUUCUGGGAGACCUCAAGAAAGAAUCCCAUCACCAGCGGCCAGGAAAAUCCAGUGGCUCCCCUGCUCACGGCAUAUCAGUUCGGGAGUUGCCGCCUAAUCCUUAUCACAUUAUAUCUGCAGAGACCGAGCUUCUUGAUGAAAUCAAAGAUAUACGUGAUGAGCUUAACAUUCUAAGAACUCUGGCAGAAGACCAAGAAACGGUAUGGAAACAGGCAUUCAAGACAGAGAGGCUGGACAGUCAAUCUGGCUUCAAGUACAAUCAUCUCUGUACGCCGACCGAAGUGAGAAGGGAGAUCAAGGAAAUGGCCUUGGAAGCGGACAUGGUUCAGAAUUCCAUCAACACACUACUGGAUUUAAGACAGAAACAGGCCAGUAUCAAGGAAGCGGAAUUUGGACGACUACAGGCCAACGAUACAGUCCGCCAGUCGAAUACUAUUAUGGUUUUUACCAUCGUGACGAUUAUUUUUCUCCCUCUAUCGUUCCUGUCAUCUCUGUUUGCGCUGGACGUAUCAAGCUUUCCACACGAAGGAGACAAUCUCAGGUAUCCAGAAUGGUGGUUGUUUCCAAUACUUUUCGGUGUUUCUGCGGCUGUAUCUAUUCCAUGUAUCUUUGUUGCAUUCAAUGUCAACUCGAUCAUCAAGUUCUUCCAAAAACAGCCGAGAUCACCAGGGCAAGGACAGCAACAAGCUCCAAUAUCACCGGUAGUCCAGGAUGACAAGGAUGUCUAUGGACAUUCAACGACUGUUCACAGUGAAGUUUCUAAGCUCGAAGAUGUAUUCAGAACGAUCAGACACAAUGGUCGACGCGAACCACCUGCGACUAACCCCUGUUGAUGUCCACCUGAGAAAAUCCGUCUAACCUACUGACUAGGUGUGAAUAUACCUUUUCAUAUU